CGCAUUCACCAAGGCACAUAGCGGCAUAGCGAGGAUGGAUCACGAGGUGAGCUGUGCGCGAAUGCUCUUAGCGUGCAUAUACCUGAUGUUGUUGCCGACAGUCUUAACAAACAAUCACUUUCAUACACACGUUUCUCCUUCUGCCCCUCCAGUACCGCGCAGAUUGAUUGUCAGGCAGCGCUGUCACGGACCUGAAGCAGCUAUGACUUCAUGAGCACCGGUCUAGUCAACCAUUCAUAGCAAAGCAAGCAGUCCUCAAAAAAACACUCUUAAA